UCAGAAUGUAAACAAUAUGGCGACUGCCCGCACGAUUGACUUGGCACAAGCAACUUAUACUGAAAAGGGAAUUCCUGAACAUACAUCAAACUACACAGUGCGAGGAUUUCACAACAGAAAUUCUUCCCUUUUCCCAACUACUCAACAUAACAGAUUGUUCACACAUAGGGCAGAAAUCAACCACCAAGAUCAAGAAAUACGGAGCUUGGUAGGUGACUGUUUGUACGCAGGUAAACCUCCAGCAUCUGUAAGCAAGUCGAAGAUUCUAAACAGAGUGCAAAGUGCAACAGGACGACUAGAAAAGAAUGCUCAACAUUUGAGAAAUCGUGCUGAUGUAAAUGGUGUUCAAUCUACUGAAAGGAACAAGGUGAAUAGACCAUACAGUGCUGUCAUCGACAGAUCAGUAAAACACAAUGGUGCUCCAGUUCAUGGUUCAGUGAAUCACACUGCACUUCCUUGCUCAGUGAAUCAUACUGCAGUUCAUGGCUCAGUGAAUCACACUGCAGUUCAUGGCUCAGUGAAUCACACUGCUUUUAAUGGAUCAGUGAAUCACAGUGAUAAUGAAAGAACUACUCCAAGAUGCACAUCAUCUUCUUUGCAUAAAAAUAAAGUAAAAAAGAGGAUCCCAUCUGCCAAAAGAACAUCUAGUGCGAGUAGCAGGUAUUCUAGUCAACAAUAUAAAUACAGUACAGAUACAUCUACUUCAAACAUUCAUAAAGGAUUAGGAAAAUUAGAAAUUAAUAACAAUGAAGGCACCACGUAUGAUCCGUAUGAAAUGGCUUUGGUUCCUAUCAAUGGUAGACAGAUGCCUGUUGUUGACAUCGGGGGUGAUGCACCUGUACCAGAAUAUGACUACAAACAACCUGUGAGUUCUAAACAUGUCGCCAAUGCACCCAAACUGAAACCAUUCCAUACCCCUUGUACCAAUAAAACGGCAGAGAAAAGUGUGUUGAAUGAUGUCUUCUCUGAUGCAAAUGUAACUAAGGACGUUGGUAGUGAUGAAAAAGACAAAGAAAAAGAAGACCGACUAAAACCUUCGGUGUUUGGCCUAGAGAAGAAGAGACAUAUAUUUGGUAGCACUGGUGAUGUGUCCGAUGCCCAGAGUGCUACAGUGAGCUUUCCAUAUAAGUUAUCCACAGAGACUCCAGGCAUGCUGGAGAUUACAGCUGGCACUGAGAACGGAAAAAGAUCUCUACCCGAAGAUUUGGAGCCCCUGCGACCCUGGUUAACAGAAGAUAUAAUGGAAGACUUCAUGGGUGUAGACCCAAAGAAAUGCCUUGUUUUCUUGCCGUCUUUGAUUGGACAGGAUCUGUCCGACAUUCCAGAAGUCCCGCCUCCUCAGAGCAUAGAAACAGAAUUGUCCUAUAAGGAGAAAAUCUUUCCUCCUGAGGCACCAAAGAAAUAUGAGCACCCUUCAUUUAAUAAAAAGCCGUUAGUUGAGGACUGGGUUUGUGAACACAGUAAAACUCACAGUCGUAUUUAUGGAGCCGACGGAAGUAUAUUGCACGAAAAAAAAGGCCGAAGACGUUUCCAAGGCCAGAGGACCUCCGGAGUUGUGAGGAAAGAGCUAAAAGAACUAGAAGAGUUGAUGAAAGGUAUCGGGACCAUGGACACCGACUGUUCUAUAGUCAAGUACCAGGCAGAGAUUGAGAAAUAUAGAAUCACCCAUGCUCAAACCAUGGCUCUCAUUCCUGAAAGACUGUUAAUUACUCCAAGACCUGCAGAUAUAUUUGGAAUUCGUGAAUUCUGUCAAGAGCAUGAUGUCAUUAUUCAACAAAUCAAAGAACAACACAAACUUUGUCUGGAGGAGCUUGCCACGCUGGAAGUUGAUGCUGGCAUCGAGAGUGAGAGGAAAUACUUCAAACACCAAGUACAUCUGCCCCGUUCUGAUGAGAGUGUUGUAAGUGAUGAUUCAUGACCAUGUGGAUGACUAAUGAACAACGGACAAAAUUUUAAAAUUUAAUGGUUGUACAGGUUUCAACAGAAAUUGUAAAAAUCAUGUGAAUUUGUGUUCUUCGAAAAUUGCUCAAUUAUUUGCAAGGUUAGCAGUGAUUGGCCUAAACACUUGUUUGAUUUACACACUGAAACACUAUGAAAGCCUACCAAAAAAAUGAUGUAUUGCAAUGUUUAUUUUUAAAAGAGUGACAUAUAUUGAUGAAAUAGUAUGCGAUAUAUAUCACCGUUCAGUGGUGCUAGUCAGUUAAUUAUAAUGCAAGAUGUUGGUAAUUUUGUUGUUGUAAAGAGGGUGUCCAUGGAGGACAGCAGCAUCCUGGAUACUCCAGGGGUUAUGCUCACUUUCGCUCUCUGCACCCCUG